GCUGGUUAGGUGAACAAAGGAGAAGUGGUAACGCAUAGCGCUAAGGCAGGGCUGCGUAUUUACGGAGGCACACAGAUAACGCCUGCCACAAAAUCAGCGGCGUCGCAAGUGUUGCCUGGCCGCGAAACGAAGAAGACUUCAGAAGACGGCGCCGGCAGCGCCCGGGUUCAGUUCGGAAAACUCGCACGCACAACGGAGCCGCGCUUGCGUCUCCGCGAGCUCGCCUCGCAGCCGUCUGCUACACGCUCGCAGAAGAAGGCGCACGCUUCUGCACAUUGGACGACUCUGCGGCCUGCUUCUGUCGUCCUUCUGUGCGUCGUCAUUUUCCAGCAAGGCGAGCAGUUGCGUGGACCUUUCUCCUUUGUAAGUUUUGCACUAUGAACCGCGACGGAAAGAGAACGGUUGUCAGUCGUAGUUGCUUCUGUGAACUCACGGAUCGGUCGCAUACUUGUUCGUCUGUGGCACAUGCGGAAACACCAGAUGUCAUGACCGAAAUCGGAAAGCAGUGCAGUGCGACACCUUGUCGUGGCCACGGCAGCCGUGGAGGCCGUGGCAGCCGUGGUGGCCGUGGCAGUCGUGGAGGCCGUGGCAGCCGUGGUGGCCGUGGCAGUCGUGGAGGCCGUGGUGGCCGUGGCAGGAAGCCCGCAGCAACCGGGGACGGGGUGUUCACGUUGGAUGAAGUGAAAAAUUCUCUCCCCCGUGCCAUGCCUGCGGCUUAUGAGCAACCCGUGACGUCGAUCAUCGUCAAAAAAACGCAUUCACCUAACAGACGUUGUUUUGAAGACGCCGCGAAGACCACAGAGGACAGCACGAGUCGCUGGUUUCGUCUUCCAAGGGAGAGCCUUUUCACCCAGCCUCGGAACGAGCCGACGAACGUCUGCAGUCAGCCUUGCAUAAAAAAGGAGGCGUCCAGCGCAGCUUCCAGCGCGGGGACUUCCGGCGCAGCAGGGCUCCUAGGGCUGCCAAGAGACAUGCUGAGCCUGCCUUCCGCAGGCGUGAGGCUGGAGGGAUGCGACGAGGACAUCGCUGAAGAGAAUCCGGGGCCACAGUACCCGCCUCUCUUCACGUUCGGCGUCUUCACGAACGACAUCCUGCUAGAAUGAAAGUGCACCGUCAAUGGCGGCACCACGUGUAUUUUGUGUAUGGUGCGCGUACUAGGACAAGUACGCGCGUUUCGUUUUAGCGAAGACCGCUUCUUUCGAAGAACGCUUCGAACACUGUACAUAAUAAUAAAUGGCGCCUACAUUGAGGCGUUUACUGUUUAUCCAUACAA